AUGAGUGUCUGCCGAGGGUGCUUGCAGCAGGAUCCGGACUUUUUGCUGUCCUUGAACGCUGCGAUUGAGGAGAUACCCCUCGGGAAAAUGUUCCGAUGUCUAACCGGAAUCCGGGUUUCGCGGGAAGGCGACUUACCGCGCUAUAUUUGCCAGCAGUGUGCCGAUGGGCUAGCAGAAUCGUACAAACUUCGCUCGAAGUUUCUUUUGUCGGACAAACAUCUUCGAUCGCUGCUCAGGCAAGACCCACAACUCAUUAGUUUCGCCUCAGAGGCCAGUGAAGAAAUGGAGGUGCUAGAGUAUUCCGAUCACCCGCCGGAAGAAGACGAGAUAGAGGAUGAGGAGGAACCUAUUGGAUCAAACUACUUAACAGAAGACGAGGAGAAGUCUUUCACUACCAGUGUUGCUGACGAAAUGGGCACAGAACAACGACGGUUUACGGAGGAAAUUAAAAUCGAACCUCUGAUGGGUUGUACGGUAAAAGAACAGCAGAAGCUGGGAAGCAGUUGUACUAAAGAAGAAGUGCUAUCAGAAGCAGAAUACUUGAUCGAUGAAGACAUAUCAUGUGAAGGCACUAAUACGAUCGAAAAUGCCGAGUUUGAAUCGAUAGCCCAAUCAAAAACAUCAAUCGAAAGCAAGCUUUCUGGGCAUUCAGAGGUGAUGUGUUGCACUUGUCCGGGUGUGAUGUUUGCCAGCAAGGACGAUCUUUUGCAGCAUUCGGAAAAGGUACAUAAAAAAGAACGCUACACUAAACACAUCCGUCCGUAUGAAUGUGACAUAUGCUACAAGCGCUUCCUCAGCCAAGCUGCGCUUUUCAAACACCAAGAAUACCCGUACCGAGCGAAAAAGUACGCGUGCAAACUAUGCGAGGCCCGAUUUCACAGUCGAAGCGCCGUGCUGAACCACGAAAAAUCGACUCACAUAAGAACGCGUUCGUACGAGUGCAAUGUAUGCCAGAAAGCCUUCUUCACCCAAUCGACGCUGCUCUGUCACCAGCUAGUGCAUCGCGAAAAGCAGUUCCAGUGCUCGGUUUGCGAUAAACAAUUUGGCCGUAAGAUCGAUAUGCUUGCACACUUGCAGGCGACGCAUAUCGACGAGCGACCGUUUUCGUGCGACACCUGCGCGAAACGCUUCAAAACGAAGGCUCAUCUGCGGCACCAUUGUCUCGUGCAUUCCGGAAGUCGGCCGAUCAAGUGCAAGUAUUGUGACAAAGGUUUCCAAACGUACAGCGACCGGAAGGUACAUCAGUUGAAGCACGAGAACAUCGACAGUUUCGCGUGCAAGUUCUGCAGCAAAGUUUACCAGCGAAACUACAAGCUACAAGUCCAUGUGCGGAAACACCACACGGGCGAACGGCCGUUCGAGUGUGAGUACUGUGAGAAGAAAUUUGUCCAACGCUGGGAACUGACGAAACACUACCAUAAGAUGCAUAAAGUGGAGAAUACGGCUAAACCUGCGGCGGAAGUUGUCACGAUAGCGGGGAAUACAAGACCCGACGAUGUCUAAUAUUCUG